AUGACUCUGCUGUUUGUGUGGUCCCUGUUAUACACAGUCUCUGCCCUCACUGCUGCCAGCCCAGCCCCUGUUCCAUCCUGUUCUCUGCUGGGCCACUUUGAGCCAGGGUUCCAGGCUGAUGGAGACUUCAUCAUUGGAGGGCUUUUCCCCAUGCACUACCGAGUGGAGCCACCAGACCAGAACUUUAUUUCCAAACCAGCUGCUUCAGAAUGUUGGGGGUUUGACUCCAGAUCUUUCCGCUGGGCUCAGACCAUGAGGAUGGCUGUUGAGGAGAUUAACAAAAGUCCAAACCUGCUGCCGAACCACACACUGGGAUACAAGAUCUAUGACUCGUGUGCAACCCAUGUGGCAGCACAACGGGCAGUUCUGGGAAUUCUGAAUGGACCAGCUGAAGCCCACAGUUCUGUGUGUUCUGGUGCGUCUCCUCUUUUGGCUGUGGUUGGAGAUUCAGGAUCAUCUCAGUCCAUUGUUGUCUCCAGAACACUGCAGCCCUUCAGAAUUCCAAUGAUCAGUUAUUUCUCAACGUGUUCCUGCUUCAGCAACAGAAAAGAAUUCCCAACAUUUUUCAGAGUUGUUCCCAGUGAUGACUACCAAGUGAAAGCCAUUGCUGACCUCCUGCACAGAUUCAGCUGGACGUGGGUCGGGGUGGUCACCGAAGAUGAUGACUAUGCAAGAUUUGCUCUUCAGGGAUUGCUAAGGGAGUUCAAAAGCACAGGUGUGUGCUUAGCCUACCACGAAAUAAUCCCCAAAGUGUACAAUCGAGAGAGAAUCCUUGAAAUCCUCAAUGUGAUGAAGCACUCCUCUGCAAGGGUGGUGAUCAGCUUUGCUGGUGAAGGUGAGCUGUACCCCUUCCUGAGAGAGUACAUGGAUCAGAAUAUCACUGGGAUUCAGUGGAUCGCCAGUGAAGCCUGGGUCACAGCCAACCUGUUCACAGGCAGUGAGUUCUACCCAUUUCUGGGUGGUACCAUUGGAUUUGCUAUCCGGCAGGGGAAGGUUACGGGUCUUAGAAACUACCUGAUGAGUGUGAACCCUUUAAGGUACCCAAAUAACCCCCUUUUGCCUCCCUGCUCAGGGCAAGAGCCCCUGCAAGAGCAACACUCUGCUUACCUGAACACCUCCAGCCCUCGUGUAACCUACAAUGUGUACAAAGCUGUGUACGCCAUUGCUCACGCCCUGCACAGCCUCAUCAACUGUGAGCCUGGGAAAGGACCCUUCCAAAACUCCACAUGUGCUGAUGCCACAGAUAUUCAUCCAUGGCAGCUGCAACAGUACCUUCAAGAAGUUUCCUUCACCAUUUCGGAAGAAGCGGUUGACUUUGAUAUGAAUGGAGAUUCAAUUCCAUCAUAUGAUCUGAUCAAUUGGCAAAGAGGGGCAGCUGGAAAGAUUGAGUUUGUCAAUGUGGGACUGUAUGAUGGAGCAAAGGAGGCUGGGAACGAGCUUUUCAUCCAGGAGGAGGCGAUGAUAUGGGUGCUGGUGUCUGUGUGCAGUGACAGCUGUGCUCCAGGAAGCAGGAAGGCAGUCCGUCGUGGGGAGCCUCUGUGCUGCUUUGAUUGUGUACCAUGUGACGAUGGCAAGAUUAGUAAUCAGACAGAUUCAAUAGAUUGCACACCUUGUCCCGAAGAUUACUGGUCCAAUGUGGCCAGAACGAAAUGCAUACCCAAAGCAGUUGAAUACCUCACCCAUGACGCAAUGGGGCUGACCUUGACUGUUAUAGCUGUGGUAGGAGCCUGCCUCACUAUCACUGUUCUGGCAGUGUUCCUCUACCACAGAAACACUCCAAUUGUCAGAGUCAAUAACUCAGAGCUGAGCUUCUUCAUCCUGCUCUCUCUGACCCUGUGCUUCCUGUGUGCGCUGGUGUUCAUUGGAGAGCCCACACCAUGGUCCUGCAUGCUGCGCCAUACUGCCUUCAGCAUCACUUUCUCCCUCUGCAUCUCCUGUAUCCUGGGGAAGACUCUGGUGGUUCUGGCUGCCUUCACAGCCACCAGGCCAGGAAACAACAUCAUGAAGUGGCUGGGACCCAAACAGCAGAGGGUCAUCAUCUCUGCCUGCACCUUUGUACAAGUGAUAAUCUGUGCAGUGUGGCUGAUCACUGCCCCUCCAUUCCCCUACAAAAACACCCAGUACCAACGGUCCAAAAUAAUCCUGGAGUGCAGUGUGGGUUCUGACCGAGCCUUCUGGUGUGUUCUGGGGUAUAUUGGGCUUUUGGCUGCUCUGUGUUUUGUCCUGGCCUUUCUUGCCAGGAAGCUUCCAGGCAAUUUUAAUGAAGCCAAGUAUAUCACCUUCAGUAUGCUGAUAUUCUGUGCCGUGUGGCUGGCUUUCAUACCAGCUUAUGUCAGCUCUCCUGGAAAAUUCACAGUAGCUGUGGAGAUCUUUGCAAUUCUAGCAUCGAGUUUUGGGCUUCUAAUGUGUUUAUUUGCUCCAAAAUGUUAUAUAAUUUUAUUGAAACCACACAAAAAUACCAAACAACAUCUGAUGGGAAGAAUAAAUAUCAAAUAA